AUCUUCUCUCACACAAACAAAUUAAUAACAGUCUUUAAAAAAAGAAAAAGAAAAUGUCGUUAACUCUGCUUAUCUUCAUGUACAUACUCGUCUCCCUCGUCUUCUCCGGCUUCGCUUCCUCUCAAAAGUUAGCCACAGAUGAAGUGGACGUUUUAAGAGCCAUAGCGAAGGGCUUACACCAAAAUAACUGGGAUUUCAAUGUGGAUCCAUGCGGCGUCGCUUCAACCGUAGGAGGUUGGAGAAUACCUAACGCCGACGGUGACUUUACAAACGCUGUUACUUGUAACUGCUCCUCCUCCGUUUGCCAUGUCGCCAGCAUAGUUGUCAAGGGACAAAACCUUAAUGGAUCUCUUCCUAAAGAGUUUGCAGGACUUCCUUUUCUACAGGAGAUUGAUCUGUCUAGAAACUUUCUCAAUGGUUCAAUUCCUCCCGAAUGGGGAGCCUUGCCACUUGUAAACCUUACCUUACUUGGAAACCGAAUAACUGGUCCAAUCCCAAAAGAGAUUGGAAACAUUACAAGCCUUGUGAGCUUUGUCUUGGAAUUCAACCAAAUCUCAGGGAAUUUACCUCCAGAGCUGGCGAAUCUACCAAAUGUUCGAAGAAUGCUUCUUAGCUCGAACAACUUGAGUGGAGACAUCCCAAGUACAUUCUCCAAACUUAUAACAUUGACCGAUUUCCGUAUAAGUGACAAUCAGCUAACUGGUACAAUACCAGAUUUCAUCCAGAACUGGACAAACCUUGAUAAAUUGGUUAUUCAAGCUAGUGGUUUAGUCGGACCAAUUCCUAGUACCAUUAGUCCUCUUAGCAAGUUAACAGACUUGAGGAUCAGUGACUUGAGCGGACCAGAGUCUCCAUUUCCGCCACUUCAAAACAUGACACUGAUGAGGACAUUGAUUCUUAGGAACUGCAACAUUACAGGAGAGUUACCUGCGUAUAUUGGACAGAACACAUCAUUAAAACUCUUAGAUCUUAGCUUUAAUAAACUAAGUGGACCAAUUCCGGUAGAAUAUAGAGCUCUUUCCAACGUAGAGAACAUGUAUUUUACAAGUAACAUGUUAAAUGGGGAAGUACCAAUUUGGAUGAUAGACAGAGGAGAGAAGAUUGAUCUUAACUACAAUAACUUUACUAAUGAUCCAACAACCGCACAAUGUCAACGAAAUGCUGUGAAUAUGUUUUCAAGCACAAGUCCUUUACUUGCAAAUAACUACUCAAACGUUUCAUGUCUGAGUAGCUAUAAAUGUCCCAAAACUUUCUAUGGCCUUCAUAUAAACUGUGGUGGUACUGAACUUACAAUCAAUGGGACUAAGUAUGAUGCUGAUACAUCGGCUAGACCAAUCUUAUACGACAGUGGAAACGGUUGGGUUUCUAGCAACACCGGGAACUUCUUGGAAGAUGCUCGGUCUCCCAGAGGAUCAACCAUAUGGGAAAAUACGUCAGAGCUUACGAUAGCAGAUCCUAGUCUUUAUACACAUGCAAGUCUAUCAGCCAUUUCACUUACUUACUACGCAUUGUGUCUUGGACAAGGAAAUUACACUGUUAAUCUUCACUUCGCUGAAAUUAUGUUCAGUGACGAUGAAACGUAUAGAAGUUUGGGAAGACGAUUCUUUGACGUAUACAUUCAGGGAAAGCUUGUGGUUAAGGAUUUCAAUAUAGUAGAUGAGGCAAGAGGUGUUGGAAGAGCUGUGGUUAAGAGCUUCCCGGUCAUGAUUACAGAUGGGAAGCUUGAUAUAAGAUUGUUCUGGGCUGGUAAAGGAACUCAAGGUCUUCCUACAAGAGGUGUAUAUGGUGCUCUCAUAUCAGCUGUAUCUGUAAAUCCAAAUUUCAUUCCACCUAAGGAAGCUGGCACUGGAAGUGGUGGUGGAAGCUCUAUUGGCACGUUGGUUGGUGCUGUACUUGCUUCAACGGUAUUUCUUGUGCUUUUAAUCGGUGGUAUCUUAUGGUGGAGAGGUUGCUUAAGACCCAAGAGUCAGAUGGAAAAAGAUUUCAAGAACUUGGAUUUCCAGAUAAGUUCCUUCUCGUUGAGACAAAUCAAAGUUGCUACAAACAACUUUGAUCCAGCAAACAAGAUCGGAGAAGGUGGCUUUGGACCUGUACACAAGGGAACGUUGGCAGAUGGAACCGUAAUGGCUGUAAAGCAGCUAUCAUCAAAAUCAAAACAAGGGAACCGAGAGUUCUUGAACGAGAUUGCUAUGAUAUCUGCUCUACAACAUCCACAUUUGGUUAAACUGUAUGGAUGUUGCGUCGAAGGUGACCAGCUCUUGCUAGUCUACGAGUACUUAGAAAACAACAGUCUCGCUCGAGCACUUUUUGGUCCUCUAGAGACUCAAAUUCGACUAGAUUGGCCGACGAGGCACAAGAUCUGCGUUGGAAUAGCAAGAGGAUUAGCUUAUCUUCAUGAGGAAUCAAGACUCAAGAUCGUACACAGAGACAUUAAAGCUACUAAUGUCUUGCUGGACAAGGAACUCAACGCAAAGAUUUCGGAUUUCGGUCUUGCUAAGCUUGAUGAAGAAGAAAACACACACAUUAGCACACGAGUCGCAGGAACAUACGGAUACAUGGCUCCGGAAUACGCCAUGAGAGGUCAUUUGACAGACAAAGCAGAUGUCUACAGUUUCGGAGUCGUUGCCCUAGAAAUCGUCCACGGAAGAAGCAACACGAUCACACGUUCCAAAGUCGAGACCUUCAACCUUCUUGACUGGGUACACGUUCUAAGGGAACAAAACAAACUGAUGGAAGUAGUUGACCCGAGGCUUGGAACAGAUUACAACAGAGAAGAAGCAAUGACCAUGAUCCAGAUAGGGAUUCUCUGCACCAGUCAAGUUCCGUCGGAAAGGCCGUCCAUGUCAACGGUGGUCAGCAUGCUCGAAGGAAGUUCUACGGUGAAUGUUGAGAAGCUUCUUGAAGCUUCCUUACGCAGAGAAAACAAGAAAGACGAAGAGAGCAUGAGCGCAAUGAAGAAGCAUUACGCGAUGACAGAGCAGCCUAUCAGCGCCGACGGACCAUUCACGUCUUCUUCCACGUCCACGGCCAACGCCAGCGAUCUUUAUCCUCUUAAGCUUGAUUCUGCUUACUGGAACUCUAGAGUUUAGUUAUGAAUUAUGUUUUUGCAAAACAAAAUAUAUAAUAAUUAUGGAGGAAAUAAUUAUCUUUGUCUGUUUUCCUUUAUGUAAUUUUGUGGGGGUUAUAAGUAUUUUAUAGUACACAUAUUGUUUC